GCGGCGGAAGUUUGACGGCGCCGGUCGAGAGGAGAGUGGCUCCGGUAGCGGCGCUGGAGUCCGGGCAGAUCCUCUCCCAGUACCCUCAGAGGAGCCGGAGGCCCGGCGAUCCUGAGCGUGAGAUCCCGGGCAGGAGAAGGACCUCCUUUGACACACAAACAUGGAUCUGGAGGCCAAAGUGAAGAAGAUGGGCUUAGGUCAUGAGCAAGGAUUUGGAGCUCCCUGUUUAAAAUGCAAAGAAAAAUGUGAAGGAUUCGAACUACAUUUCUGGAGAAAAAUAUGUCGUAACUGCAAGUGUGGCCAAGAAGAACAUGAUGUCCUCUUGAGCAAUGAAGAAGAUCGAAAAGUUGGAAAACUUUUUGAAGACACCAAAUAUACCACCCUGAUUGCCAAGCUAAAAACAGAUGGAAUUCCCAUGUAUAAACGCAAUGUCAUGAUACUGACCAAUCCUGUUGCUGCCAAGAAGAACGUCUCCAUCAAUACAGUUACCUAUGAAUGGGCUCCUCCUGUCCAGAAUCAGGCAUUGGCCAGGCAGUACAUGCAGAUGCUGCCGAAGGAGAAGCAGCCAGUGGCGGGCUCCGAGGGGGCACAGUACCGAAAGAAGCAGCUGGCAAAGCAGCUCCCUGCACAUGAUCAAGACCCUUCAAAGUGCCAUGAGUUGUCUCCCAAGGAGGUGAAGGAGAUGGAACAGUUUGUGAAGAAAUAUAAGAGUGAGGCUCUGGGAGUAGGAGAUGUCAAACUUCCGCGUGAGAUGGAUGAGCAAAGCCCCAACAGAAUGUUCCUCCCUGGCGGGGAUAGAAGCACCACGGCAGCAGUGGGGGCCAUGGAGGGCAAAUCGGCCGAACACAAAAGAACUCAGUAUUCCUGCUACUGCUGCAAACUGAAUAUGAAGGAGGGUGACCCAGCCAUCUAUGCUGAAAGAGCCGGUUAUGAUAAACUGUGGCACCCAGCCUGUUUUGUCUGCAGUACCUGCCAUGAACUCCUGGUUGACAUGAUUUAUUUCUGGAAGAAUGGGAAAUUAUACUGUGGCAGACAUUACUGUGACAGUGAGAAACCACGAUGUGCUGGCUGCGAUGAGUUAAUAUUCAGCAAUGAGUACACCCAGGCAGAAAACCAAAAUUGGCAUUUGAAACAUUUCUGCUGCUUUGACUGUGACAACAUCCUAGCUGGGGAAAUAUACGUGAUGGUCAAUGACAAGCCUGUGUGCAAGCCCUGCUAUGUGAAGAAUCAUGCUGUGGUUUGUCAAGGAUGCCACAAUGCCAUUGACCCUGAAGUGCAGCGGGUGACCUAUAACAACUUCAGCUGGCAUGCAUCCACAGAGUGCUUUUUGUGUUCCUGCUGCAGCAAGUGUCUCAUCGGGCAGAAGUUCAUGCCAGUGGAAGGGAUGGUUUUCUGUUCAGUAGAGUGUAAGAAGAUGAUGUCUUAAGAAAGCACCAAGAACUAUUGAGCCAUAGCUAUCCUAAGUGGUCUGCAUUUCUACUGUAAAAUGCAAUUUGGGAAAAAUAAAUGGGAAAAAAAGAAACUGUAAAGGAAACCAGGAGAUUUUUGUUCAGUAUCUUUCUUUGCUGUUUUUCCUUAUCAAUAUUUUUCAUCUCAAUUUUUAAAACUUGCUUUAAGCAUUUGAUUUUUAAUACAGUAAAGAACUAUUAUCUUUUCUUAGCUUUCUGUAUGUAAAGUCUUGGAGGUGGAAGCUUGAGAUUUAAUUAAUCUUCAUGUGCCUAUCCCUCUUGUGCCAAACACAGUGCAUAUGAACACUUAAAAAUUAGUGCUGUUGAACAGAAAGAUGCACAUUUUCUAGUUCUGUAUUCUCCCCCCCCCCUGUGUAAAAUGAAAGGAAAUUAAACUUGCCC